AAGACGCAGAUACAAUAACAUACCAGAACAUUUCUACAAAGGAAUGCAAAAAGCAUCACAUAUCGCUCGACAAAAUUCCCAGGACCACAUAGACCCCGAAUUCAUACCCUCCGUCAAUAUGAAGCGCAGAACGUUGUCUGGCAGCUGUGGCGUUGGAUUCUUUGUGCUGGCAUUCGGUUUCAUAGCAAUUGCCUUUGCCACACCCAGCUGGCUGGUAAGUGAUUAUCGUAUUACUGGAGCAAAGCUGGAACGUUUGGGCUUGUGGGUGCACUGUUUCCGUUCACUGCCCGAUGUGAAUGACGAUAGUCAGCGUCGUUUCUUUGUUGGCUGCAGAUGGGUCUACGAUCCAUUCACCACGGGCUACGAUGAAAUACGUGGAUUCUUGCUGCCUGGCUUCAUGAUUGCAACACAAUUCUUCUUUACUCUGGCCUUCGUGGGCAUGUUGGUGUCAGCUAUCGGUGUGUUGGUGUUCUUUUUGUGUGCUGGGCCAGAUCAAAAGCAUUUCGUUAAGCUGAUACGAGCCAUUGGAUGUACGGUGCUGGGAGCUGGGGUGUGUGCCAGUUUGGCGGUAAUUAUAUUUGCCUCAUUGGGUAAUCGUAACAAUUGGAUGCCUGAACAUGCCAACAACUGGUUUGGUUGGUCGUUUAUUUUGGCGUGUGUGGGAGCAGUAACGGCUCUGGUAGCUGGUACGCUGUUCCUUACCGAGUGCUACGUACAAAAGCGUAAAAGGACAUUAUUUAAGGAAUCGCAGACAAGAUUUGAGAUGAUGCACGGUGGAAAGUAGUGGCAGACAACCAAAAGAAA